ACCCGUUUGGUACCCACGUAAACCGCGGCGGGACAUCCCAACACGGAUCGAGACGCUUUCUAUAUAAAGGCCGCCCUCCGGAUUUUCUCAUCGUCACUUCGCACUCGAAACUCGAAGAAGCUGGUUGCUAACUAGUCCAGUAAACUUGUUAUCUCCUCCCGAUAAACCGUUCAACCAUGAAGAUCGCGCUAAUCGUUCUGGUUACGAUGUUGGCCGGCGCCAUCGCAUACCCUGCUCACCCUGCCGCGGAACAGGACGCUGUUCCCGAGGAACAAGAGAGUCCAGUGUCGAGGCCGAUCAGAGAGGCAAAUCCGGAUCCUCACCGCCACUUCGGUGGAUUCGGUGGAUAUCAUGGAUACGGUGGAUACGGUGGAUACGGCGGAUACGGCGGAUACGGCGGAUUCGGUGGCUUUCCCAUAGGCGGCUUCGGAGGUUCGCACAGCUCCGCUCAAGCUGGUGCUAUUAGCUCGCCGUUCGGAAGCGCUGCUUUUGCCAGCUCAAAGACCGGAGGCUUUGGACGAUGAGCAGCUGUCUUGGCUUCGAUCUUGGAUAGUCGAUUUCCUUUCAACAACGACAACAGACCGUGUUGCUCAAUUUUAUAUAUAUUCCUCGUGUUAUUUUAGUUAUUUAAAUAAACUUUUGUAACAAACGAA